AUGGCAAAGAAGAAGAAAAGCAGCAAGAAACCGGUGGAGCCUGUUGCUCCACCUGACAACGUGCCAACGAAUGCUGCGGAACCAAUUCCUGAUGCGCCUGAAGCUCCAUUGACAGCAGAGGAAUCAGCCACAGAAGCAGAGUCCGGGGAGCAGUCCAUGCCAACCGCUUCCGAAGUGGAGCCCGACGAGGGUACGGUUCCCACGCUGGUGGAAGAGUCCACAUCUGCACCCUCACAACACCCUGAGACCAUAGAGACUAUACCAGACGAGGCUACAGAGGCACCGGCCACUGAGAUCACACCUGCUGCAGAGCUAGAUCCACCUAUGGGGGAAGAGCAGGAAUCUGGGUCGCCAGCGGAUACUACCGAGGCCGUGGAGUCAGAGAUUGCCGGGCAAAGCGCUGAAGACAUGCAUCAUACUACAGCAGAAGAUGAAGAGUCAUCGGUUAUUUGGGUUGGAGACGCGCACGACCCAGAACCCGAUGCAGAGCAGCAAAAUCCUCCGGAGGAACAGCAGCCCCUACAACUAGACGAAGAGUCCACACCCCAGCCAGACCCUACUCCAACUCAAGAUUCUAUUGAACCAGCAGACACGCCGGUUGAAGACACACUCCCGCCACAAGAAUCUACAGCGGAGCUAGCGCCUGAAGCAGAACCUGAAGUAAUUACUACCACCGCGGAAGAAGCUAUCGAAUCGAUAGACCAGAUGGAUGGCGGUCUUAAUGAGAACGGAGCUGAGCAAGAUCUGGCGGAGAUAGUCGAGGUGCCAGAGGCACCAGGGGCACCAGAGAUAAUGGAAGCACCUGAAGUACCAGAGGCGCCGGAAGUGCCAGAGGUACCCGAAGCUCCAGACACACCCACAGUACCAGAAGCUCCAGAGGCUCCAGAGGCUCCAGAAGCUCCAGAGGCUCCAGAGGCUCCAGAGGCUCCAGAGGCUCCAGAGGCACCUGAAGUGCCAGAAUCACUAGAGGUACCUGAAGCUCCCGAAGCUACCGAAGCUACCGAAGCGCCGGAAGCACCAGAGGUAUCACAACCGCCAGAAGCUGUCGAAGCGCUAGAAGUACCAGACGCACCCGAAGCACCCGAAGCACCAGGGGUAUCAGAGGAACCAGAAGUCCUAGAAGCGCCAGAGGCUCCCGAAGUACCUGAGGUACCAGAAGCGCCUGAAGUACCAGAAGCACCGGAAGUACCAGAAGCACCGGAAGUAUCAGAAGCACCGGAAGUACCAGAAGCGCCAGAAGCGCCAGAGGCCCCCGCUGCACCUCUGGCUCCAUCAGUGGUGUCAGCUGGGAGUGAUGAGGACGACAUCAUCGAAGCUUUUACAGUCGAGGAUCUAUCAGCACCAGAACCAGAGCCUGAGGCCGCUCCAAUAGCAGUCGAACGGUCGGUGGACGUCGGGCUACCAGAUGCGCCUGUCGAAGGAAUAUCAGCAUCAGAAGCCCCUGAGACAAUCACACAGCCUGAGUCUAUUCCCGAGACUUCGUCUACAGAUGCCCACGUUGAGCCGAUAGAAGAGCUCGUCGUAGCUGCCCAAGACGAAGUACCCAGACAGCAUGCCGACCGAGAGCAAGAGCGGCUUGAGGCCGGAGCAGCGGCCGCGGCUGAGGCUCAAAAAUCUGCCUCGCUAGCGCAGGCCGCCCAAUCCCAGGAAGACUCACAGCGAGAAGAACUGAAGAGAUUGGAGCAAGAAGCAAUCGAGCACGAGAGGUUAGCGAAGGAGGCCGAGGCCAACAGACUACUAGAGGAGCGACGCGCAAGAGAGGCCCAAGAAGAGCUGGAAGCUGCCGAAGCCGUGAAACGGGCUCUGGAAACCAUGAGAGCCAAGAAGGAAGAGCAGCAUAAGGAGACCGAGAGGCUCGAACAAGAGCGACUGGCCCGUGAAAGGCUCGAGCAAGAGAAGUUAGAGCAGAUUGUCGAAGCGAGGAAGCUUCUGGCAUUAAUGGAAGAAGAACGGAGGGCCGCAGAGAUCCAAGAAGAGGCCGAAGCCGCUGCAGUCGCCGAAAAGGCUCGGAAAGAGAAGGAAGAGGUCGAAGCUGCUGCUGCUGCCGAACGUGCUCGACAAGAGAAGGAAGAACUCCGGCAGGAACAAUUACGACGUGAGAGAGCCGAAGAGGCUCGAAUUGCUAGGAAAGCCCGAGCAGCUGCGGAUGUCCUUGCGGAAGAGCAGAGAGAGGAAGCAGAACGGUUGGAACGGCUGGCCCAGGACGAGUCACGUGAGCAAGCCGAGAUACCCUUCAUCGCACGUCGAUCCAUGAUCGAAUCAGCACAGACUCACAACCAACUGCGUGCUAGGGAGGACCUGCUUCGUCGGCAAACUGCUGAGCAAGAGCAGAAACUCCGCGCAAAGGAUGGUGAGAUUGGUGAGCUGAAGCAGAAGAUUCGCAACUUGGAAGACAGGCAUUCAGCCGAGGCAACCAGACUACACUUUCAGAUCGGGAAUCUGGAAGAGCAAGUCAGAGAGCUCCGAGAGCUGAUUGCUGAAACCAAGAAAGCUAGAAGAGACGCCGAAGAGACCAAGUUGGUACUGGAUGCAGCCAUGAGGUCGUGGGAGGACAGAUACAAAGAGCUGGAAGAUGUGCAUCGCACGCUGGAGAGGACCUCUGCCGAGGAGAGGGAAAGAGCAUGGAGAGAUUUCGACGAAUGGAAGGAGGCCACGAACACGAAACACGAUGCGGAGAAGAUCGCCCUUGCUAUCCAAUUCGACAAGAAGCUGAAGCAAGCUGGGCAGGAUGCUGCCGAGGCGGCUGAGCUCAGGGCUCAGCUUCAAGCAGCUCUUGACCGAGAGCAAGAACUCAUCAGGGAGCGCGACGAUCUUCAGAAGAUGCGAGAAGACUCAGAUCGCCGGGCUGGGGAAGAAGCAGCGAGAGCCGAUCAACUGGCGAGAGAGAAGGAUGAGCUGAUGAACUCGUUCGACCAACUCAGAGCCGAGAGUCAGAGGGAGAAGGAGGUCAUCAGAAGCGUUGCCAGCAACCUCGAGUCGGAGAAGUCUAGACUUGAGAAGAUGAUGGAAUGCUAUGGUGACAUCGCCGAGAUCAAGAGCAAGGGCGACAGCUACUAG